AUAAAAACUUACAAGUGGUGAGUGAACAGCUUUCGAGAGGAGCUGGAGGGAGGGGCUAUAGAGGAGUGAUCAGGAGUCCAACCGCAAGCAUGACCGACACCGAGGCGCAGAGCCCCCCACCAUUGUUACCGGCGGCGGAAGAGAAACAAUCCGAGAGGAAAGUUAUCGCCACAGCUGUUCAAGGCACAGUGAAAUGGUUCAAUGUGCGUAAUGGCUAUGGCUUUAUAAACAGGAAUGACACAAAAGAAGAUGUAUUUGUUCAUCAGACUGCGAUCAAGAAGAACAAUCCCAGGAAGUUCCUCCGGAGCGUUGGAGACGGAGAAGUUGUGGAAUUCGACGUAAUUGAGGCGGCCAAGGGCUCAGAAGCAGCGAACGUGACGGGUCCAGGUGGUAUUCCUGUAAAAGGCAGUCGCUACGCCCCCAACAAACGGCGUUUUCGCAGACGGUUCUUCCCCCAAGGACCUCGACCUGCUGACCAGAACAAGCCGGCUGAAGGACAAGUCGCUGAUGGUCAUCCAGUUGCCGACGGAGACGGGUCAGAGGAGGCGGGCCCUCUCAAGCCACAGCAGCAACGUCGUCGUAGACACGAAGACCACCUCUUAGUGAGCGAAACGGUCAAGUUGAAGAGCAAGUUGAAGAAGGUGGUCAAACUCUGCAACCACCACAGCGGCGGAGAUUCUGGCGUCCAUACCGCAGACCGUUCCGCCCUCGCCAGCCACCUAAUCAACCUGCUGAAGACCAGAGCGCGUCUGCUCCGGAGGACCAAAGAUGAUGGGGAGGUGAAGCCGGUAGAGCCCACUGAGGGCCCCCAGACCAACGGCGAGGCAACAGACGAUCAAGGCCAGAAACGCCGCCGACCGUCUAGACGACGCAGGCAAAGAAACUCUGAGUCCUCUACCUCAAAAAAUGAUGCAGAGAAGUCUGCCUCAGAGCCUGGAACCCACCUCAGACCUCAACUCAAACGGACCAGACGCCCCCAUCACAAUCCCCACAGCCAUCUCCAGAAACUCCCCCUGAAGCCCUGCAGCUACCAGAGCCAGCUGCCCCAACAGUCCCACGCCAGCAGAGUGACACGCAGUCACAUGACCCUGGGCAAGAGGUCCUUGGGUUGGAGGACUGAACCAUUUCAGAGCAGAUUGCACUCUUCUCCCUCCCUGCACUCCCCAUCCUCCAACCACCUCAUUCUGUUUUUGCCCCCUCUCCUCGUCUCUUGUAUGUUUUUAUACAGAUAUGCCAGGGUGGGGAAGAUGGCAGGCAGUGCUGGUGGGUAGUUUAGAAGCUUAAACAGGUCUUCAAAAAGAAACGGAUCAGUCUCCUAAAAAAGUAAUUCUGAGCCCCGUUGAAAGAACUUUUCUUUAAUUGAACGGAUGGGUUACAUCAAGUAGUUUAAAGGAACCUGCCUAGCAUUUUAUUUCGCUGUUUUAAUUUAAAAAGAAAAAUAAAAGAAAAAAAAGAAUCCAGCAGGUGUGCAUUUGAUGUUGCAUAAUGGGAGCCAGUUUAGUUGUUACCUCCUAAAAUUGUUGAAAUGGUCAGUUCUCAUCUCUGCUCAGCUGGAGAUGGGUUGAUGACAAACUUAUUUUCACAUGUUUUGUGUUUUUCUUUGAGGGGGAUUAUGUGCAAUGUUGGUACUUACAUGCCAAUUAAUAAAUCAUGUUUGCAAGUCUCA